GGGGGGCGGGGCAGGUGCGGCGCCCCGAGGAGGCGCCAAGCCGCGCCAUGCCCGGGCGGGUGGAGUCGCUGGACCUGCGGGUGAGGAGCCGCGCCCUGGGCCGGUCCUGGGGGCCCCGCCACGGAAACACAAUGGCACAGCUUGAUUCUGAAGUGAAAGAAGAAUGUUUGAGAGAAGACUUGAAGUUUUACUUCAUGAACCCCUGUGAGAAAUACCGGGCCAGACACCAGAUUCCAUGGAAACUGGGUUUGCAGAUUUUGAAGAUACUUAUGGUCACCACCCAGCUUGUUCGUUUUGGUUUAGGUAACCAGUUGGUGGUUGCUUUCAAAGAAGAUAACACUGUUGCUUUUAAGCACUUGUUUUUGAAAGACUAUUCUGGCACAGAUGAAGAUGACUAUAGCUGCAGUAUUUAUACUCAAGAGGACGCCUAUGAGAGCAUCUUUUUUGCUAUUAGUCAGUAUCAUCGACUGAAGAACAUCUCCCUGGCGACUCUUGAUUAUGGAGAAAAUGAAGACAACAGAAUUGGCCUCAAAGUCUGCAAGCAGCAUUAUAAGAGAGAGACCAGGCUGUCUUCUAAUGAGACCCUGAAUAUUGACAGCGACAUUGAGAUAGACUGUGUUCUCUUAGACCUCCCGACCCUCUCCGAGAGCUCUCAGGCCUGGAAGCAGUCUGCUUUCUUCAGACUGGAGUUUUACCGACUCUUGCAAGUUGAAAUCUCCUUUCACCUCAAAGGCAUUGACCUUCAGACGAUCCAUUCCCGUGAGUUACCAGACUGUUACGUCUUUCAGAACACGAUCAUCUUUGACAAUAAAGCUCACAGUGGCAAAAUCAAAAUCUAUUUUGACAGCAAAGCCAACAUUGAAGAAUGUAGAGCCUUGAACAUAUCUGGAUCUACUCAGAAAAACACUCAGUAUGUACUGGUGUUCGAUGCUUUUGUCAUUUUGAUUUGCCUGGCAUCCCUUGUUCUGUGCACAAGAUCCAUUGUCCUUGCUCUGAGGCUACGAAAGAGAUUUCUAGAUUUCUUCCUGGAGAAGUACAACAGACGCGUGUGUGACACUGGCCGGUGGGAGUUUGUCAGCGGAUGGUUUGUCCUGGUGAUCAUCAGUGACCUGAUGACCAUAGUUGGAUCCAUAUUAAAAAUGGAAAUCAAAGCAAAGACUCUCACAAAUUAUGAUCUGUGCAGCAUUUUGCUGGGGACGUCUACACUCUUCGUUUGGGUUGGAGUCAUCAGAUACCUGGGUUAUUUCCAAGCAUAUAAUGUGCUCAUAUUAACAAUGCAAGCCUCGCUGCCGAAAGUUCUCCGGUUCUGUGCCUGUGCCGGCAUGAUUUACCUGGGUUACACAUUCUGCGGCUGGAUUGUGCUUGGACCAUAUCAUGAGAAGAUUAUCUUCAGGUUCCCUGCAAGGAGAAAAGAAGUAAAAAAUGCAAAAAGUUGCUUCCCAGCUUGUGUAACAGUUCAACCCUACAUUGAGCUGUUUUGAUCUCGAUAGCUGUGUUAUCCGAAAUAAGUGAUCAAAUCUGGUUUGCAGACUGUUCAUGAAGAGUGUUAGCCAUGAAGCCCAAACCUUCUUGUUGUCCUACCAAAAGAAACCCAGUGACCCAGCCUUUCUUCUCUUCAUGUCACGUUCAAUAUGUCCAUAGAGAACCACUGUUUGAAAUGCCAUGUAAUUAACAAUGAUGACCUCUGGGUUAAUAGUAAAUCUUAGUGAUCCUAUUACUUUUCAAAUCCACAUCACUGCUUUGAAGGUGACUCAUGAGUAAAAAUUGUUCCUUGAUAUGAUACCUCUGAGCUGGAGAACUCCUUGCAUCUUAGCACUCAGAAAAAUUUACAUUUUUCUUCCUCCUUUCCUCCUGCUCUAAAAGCUUCUUUGCUUCUUUGUCACUAGAGCGCAGUGUUGCACCAUGUGGAGUAAAAAAGGAACCUAAGGAUCUGGCUUUAAUUCAUUGUCUGGAAGACCUUAGGACAAGUGGUCCUGUCUCCUUGACACUUCCUUCUGAUCUCUCUCAGCCUGUCAUUAUUCUGGAAGAUACUCAGUUAAUGUUGCUGGAAUUUUACUAAAUGGCUACCAUUCUGAAGUGCUAUUUGUUAGGCGUGGUGCUCAAAUUCUUUAUCUCCCUUGUUAUGUUAACCCUCAUCAGUCAGCUUUCCAUCACUGUGUCAAAAUACCUGACAGAAUCAACUUUUAGGCAGGAAAGUGUAUUUAAACUCAUGGUUUCAGAGGUUUCAGCCCAUGGUCACUUGGCCUUACUGUCUUUGGGCUUUUGUCAAGUAUAUCAUAGAGGGAAAUCUGUUCACCUCAUGGUAACUGAGAAGGAAAGAGGAAGAUAAGAAGAAGUUGGGGUCCCAAUAAGCCCUCCAGGGCACAUCCCUGAUCAACUAAUUUCCUCCAACUAAAUGGCAAAGACAGGAUUCAAAUCCCAGUCUACCUAACCUCAGUGCAAGUACCUAACUUUUACUGAUGCCCUGUAAAGCUUUUCUUGGCCUUGUCUAAAGCCAAUCAUGCAAAACGGGCUUUAGUUUAACCUAAGACACAGGAUGGUACUUCCAGAUCAACUGUGAGAGAUGCCUAAUCAGUCUGAUGUGUGUGUCAAGGUCACCAGUGCAAAAUGAGGUUAUUUGCUCUGGGAGCCUGACUGCAUUUCCAUAUGUUUUGUACUUUCAAAUGAUCUAGGUGAACUGGGAUCCUCUGGGCAAGCACUGUUCAAUAAAAAUAUAACAUGAGCUACAAAUGGGAGCCGUGUGUAUACUUUAAAAGUAUUCUAGGAGCAACAUUAAAAAAUAAUGAAGGAACAGAUGAAAUUGAUUUUAAUUAUAUUUUUUAUUAAACCUGGUAUAGCCAAAAUAUUGUUUCAGAUAUAAGCAAUGUAAAAUACUGAGAUCUUUUACAUUGGGGGAGUACUAAAUCUUUGAAAUCUGGUGUCUUAUUUUAUCUUCACUGCACAUCUCAAAUUGAAUGAGUGUUAUGGUUUAAUCUAGAAUGUCCCCCCAAAGGCUCUUGUGUUCAGAGGCCAGGCUUUUGUAAGGCAGUUAGAUCAUGGAGGCAGCAGAUUUAUCAGAGGGAAAUGUGCUGUCCCUGGGGUGUGACCUGGAGGGGUGCAUCUCCCUCCUGGCUCCUCCCUUGGCCAUGUGCUUCCUUGCUGCCCUGAGCUGAGCAGCUGUCCUCCCCUAGGCUCUCACACCUUGCCCUUUCUGCCGUGGCACCAGCCAACUAUAAACUAGAACCUCUGAAGCCUAAAAAAGCCAAAAUAAACCUCCUUUAAGUUGUGGGUGUUGGGUAUUUUGUCUCAGCAACAAAAAAAGUGACUAAGACAGUGAGUUACAUGUUCAGGUGCUUAGGACUCACAUGUGGCGAGUGGUUAGCAUUUAGGACACUGCACCUCUAGGUGUGGCUCCCACUUAAUGUGAGCUCCCCUUUACCCCUCUGGGGAGCAGAUGGAGGAGGGAUGUCUCUAGCAUUGGCCAGCAGGUCCAUUUAUGACCUCUCUCUCUCCUUCUCUCUCUCCCUCCCCCUUCCGUAGCCAGGCUGAUUGCGGAAAUGCAUAAGUGAGUGAAUUCAAUGAAUGUACAAGUCUGCAGUAAAAGAAUUUCAGUCUGGUUUUGGACUUUUGUGCUUUUCUGCUUCAAAUUGCUGUUUCUUUGAAUCUGAAAUUAGAAAAUUUCUGAAAUUAGAAAAUGUUACUACCUUCUGUACCACCCCCCCAUUAAUCCAAAAUGUUAACAUUUUCAGAUUCUGCAGUUAUCUGCUGAAUCAGAGGAACUUUAUCACGAGCAUUUUCUAGUAUUUUUAAAAUCACAGCAACCUUGAAUGUGAAAGUUAAUUCUUCCAGUAAGACAAACAGAAAACAACUCUAGAAAGGAGGUAUCAGGAAAAUUAUAAUUUGAUAACACUGUUUGAUCGGUAGCCAGUCUCACCAUUUUAGCUCCCCACCUUCCUGUUCGACAUCUAAUUUCACUGAUUCAACUAAAGGGAACAAAGGUAUGAAAGGGUCUUGCUGAUGUCCAUUUCCGGCACUAAUGGACUUUGGCACUGUGCCCCUUCGAGAUCUCGGGCACAGAGGGCUAGAGACUGUUGAUGUUCUUCCAGACCUCAUCUUGAAUUAUUAAACAUUACUUUAAUGUGGAUUUUAAUUUCCAGAGGACUUUUCUUUCUGUGAGGGAUAAAUACUAAUCUUGCACAGUUACCGUUUUUCAAAUGAGAAGACCAAGGCAUUGAAAAAUCGUUGGCCUUUUUGAUGCUAUGGGUAAAAACCUGCAGACCCUGCGUGACACUUUUGUGAUUCCAGGCUGCUGGUUUUAGCCAAGUACCUCUCUUAUUUAAAAGAACUGCAAGCCAGUUAAAAUUUUUACCUAAAUGUUGCAUGAGAUUCUUUCCACCAGCUCUUGGAGCAAACUUCUGUAUCAUUCUCUGACAUGAGCUAUUGCAGGCUGUGUUUACAUCCAAGUGAAAGUUCUUUUUAGCUCAACCACAGAAUUAUCAUCUGUGAAAUGGAUGUUUGGUUUCUCGUUGUGGUUCCAUGGAGUCUACGGGGAUUUUAAUGGAAAUACCCAUGUAAUAUUUAUUAAAUGUCUACUGUGCACUAAAUCUUGUCACAUUCUUCUACGCGGCAUUCUUGGAAGGCAGGGACAAUGGCUUCUUUCUCUAUAUUCCCAGGGUCCAGGCUGCUGCACAGAAUGUGGCAGGUGCUCAAUAAGUUUGCUGGGGAAAAACAGCAGUACCUGCUUUCCAGAGGCUUACAAUCUCUCAAGAAGCAAAGCAGUGCCCCGUAUGUGGUCCUUCUAGCUGGAAACACAUUAGGACCUUACGUUGGGAAUAUUCCAUUUCUAUUUAAUUUGGCUGCUGGAACUGACUCUGGUUCAGACCCAAUUAUUGUAAUACAAAAACAACAGGCUGUGCACUACUUA